AUGGAGUCUGCUUUGGUAAGUUUUUGCAUUUUUUGUCUGCACGGUUUCAGCGUUUAUUUCUUGUUAUAAAUCGCCACUGCCCAUUUUCUUUGCUGAUGUUAAUGUUAUAGGAAGCUUUAAGAUCAGUUCCGGACCCAGAUCAGGUUAAAAAUGCGCUGUCUUUGAUGCAAGUGUAUGUCAACAACAUAGUGAAAGAUCCAGACAGUCAAAAAUACAGGAAAAUUAGAAUAAGUAAGUAAACCAAGUAUAAACUAGCUUUUAAAAUGUCAUCAAUAGAAUCAGCUAAGUGUUAGCCUUUUUAUAGAACUAAACAUCAGUGAAACAUGGGCCAAACAGUCAGACAGGUAAUGUACUUGAAUCAGCUGUUUUAUGUAGCCACGAACAAUAGGCUUCUUUCACGAUGACAACAUUUGACUACAACUACCAGAAUUCAUUUCGUUUUUGCUUUCUUAUUUAAAUUUGCCAAUCCCGCUGAGAUUUAAAAAUUAAUAGCCCUAUUAAAUGAGCACAAGAAAACAACAAACUGAAGGAUUCUGGAAGUUGUUGUAAAAUAACCUCAUCAUGCAAUUGUCCUCUCGCCACUUGUUGUGAAUAUGUUAUAAUUUGUCAUGAUACAAAUGACAUUUGGUGAUAGUUUUCCUGUUUGCUGUAUUUUAGCUGUUUAACUGAUUCUACCCUGAGACAAUAGCUAAACUUCACUAACAUUCACAUCGGUGGCUACCUUCUCCAUACACAAGGCACGUGAUCAACUUUCUGUAAACACGAAAACAGUUUGUCUUUGAAACCUUUUUUUUAGCACAAGCUGAAACAGCAUAACACAAUUUGAGCCAAGUAAUGCUCAAGGAAAUAUUUCAUGACCGUUUGAAAAUUUUGAAAUUUACAAGGUUUUGUAUAGAAAACCACUCAAGUGUGACUGGGUAGCAAGAGUUGUUGAAAGAAUUACCUGGAACGCUGAUAACCUUGUGGCGAAGACUUAAGACGUUUUCUGACUACCACCUACCCCCUAUCCCCUUCCUAGCAACAAAAUUGUCCCUUCCUCAGCUUGCAAAGAAGUACUUUCCGAUAGACCGGGGCUAGUGAAUUUUUCUACCGGGUUGGUUAAUUUUGUUCUUAACUUACCCGACGGGCAAGUGAAGUUUUUUGAGGAAUUCAAAUUAUACAAGCACUGGGAAUCAAUUCUGCUCAUCAAAAUGUUUUUAGGGCUUGUUGAAAUGACGUUUGAGCUAGUAUAUGCUAGCUUCAGCUUGCCCGAAUGGCAAACUUGAAAAAUGACCUUCUUUGCACCCUGCUUCCUAAACAUUUAUUUCCUUCUUGCACUGUUUAAGGGAGAAAUCAGUUUGCAAGAAAGUGCAGGAAGUUGAAUAAUUUUUUUUAAUGUAUAAUUUUUUUUUUAUAUUUUAUUCUUUUUAUUGAUUCUUUUAAUAACAUACAAAGGUGACCAUGCCUACUUUCUUCCAAGGUACAUGUAAAGUGAUAACAGUUUUUUCCACACUUUUAGCCAACCCAAAGUUUAACUCAGCCAUCUGGCAAUUAGAGCAGGCAAGAACGUUUCUGCUGUUGUCUGGAUUUGAGCAGGUACAUUUGCAGGCUAGUAUGCCUAUUGAUAUGAGAGUGAUUGGGGAGUAACUUGGGGUGAUUUUGGGUGGUUUAGUCAAAGUACUUAAGCUGAAAUGGCUAAUGUUUAAAACCUGCUAUUGCAACAAAAUCCCCUUGACUCUCCACAUUAAAAACAAUUUGUUUUGCUCCUCUGAAUGCUGGAAACCACAUUUCCCAGGACUAAAAUUUUGAAAUUUUCUUAGGAAGCAAUAAUAAUUAAUUUCCACAGACCCUUGUAGAAGAUAUUCCUUUGGGGACUCAUUUAUUCUUACCCCUAUGACAUGAAUCUGAGACCCGCUCUAGCAUGUGGAAAAAAAAAUUGUCAGUUUGAGCAUAUUUAUCUCUGAUGCAAGAAUAAACCUUUGCACCCUAUUGAAUUCUAUCUUAUCCAUUUCCCUUGCACUCAAAUGCUGACCCUCUGCAUUCUAAAAACUGUGAUUGGUUAAUCUGAUGAGGUAAAUAAAAAGCAUUAAAGAAAACACCUUGACAUGCAGAAACUAAUAUUUUAGUUGUUUGAAUGUUCAUUCCAGGACGGGGAAUUUCUGGUUCUUCCAUUUUCUGUAAACAUUGAUGGAGUUAAAGUCUUGAUUGAUGGAGCUCUUGGAAUUUCACAGUCAAAUAAAUCAAACAAUGCAAUAAGAAGUAACCCCACACAAGGCUCAAGUGAACCUGGCAGUGCAGUGCUCAAACUGAGCUCACAAAAAGGUAAGCCUUAUAUCUGCACAAAAGCAUGAAAAAUAGUUUGCAAAUUUUUAGGUUGUGUAGGCAUCCUAAUGAAUUUGGACAAUGUGUUCGGUACUGUGAACAGGUAAUUUUUUUCUUGUGAUUAUCCAGUUGAUGGUUUUAGAGAGGAAAUAUGAAUCUCUCUUACUGUUUUGAAUCUUGAACACCUUUUUAGGGAGGUGAAUAGUAUUUCUUAUGUCUCCUUGACUUAAUCAGCAGCUGUUUACUGCUGUAUUUAACAUUUUGUGUUUCUUUUUCGUAGUAAUAAUAAUUAUUAAUUAUAUUGCUUGAAAAAUACUUCUCUUAUUUCAAGGAGAUGUAUGCCAUUGUUUUGACAGUUACAAAGAGUAAUUUUAGAAUGCAAUGACGCAGGUAACCAUUCUGUUUACAAAUUUUAUCUUGGCCAUUUUAUUGCCAUUCUAUUUUAUAGGUGAGAGCUUGUUUGAUCAAGACACAAAAGCAGAUCUAACCUUGCUCUCUUACAUGAAGGAAUUGGGUAUGUUAACUCAUUACAAAACAUGAUAAUGAUUUCAAUCCUGCAAUUUCUUUCAUUACGACUAUUUUUUGUGGUACCAUUACAAGGUUAUGACAUUGCUGUGGCUGAGCGAGCUUUAAUCUGUACAAAGAACAAAGGAAUACAGCCUGCUAUUGAUUGGUAAGGAUUACUUAUUUAAUACUUGACUGCAUGCUAAAAGAGCUGAUUAUUUUUAGCUGGGUGCUAAUUCAAGCAUUUACAGUAAUUGAGCAAGUUAUCACCUCUGAAAUGGUGUUGCUUCUAAUGAUUUAUUGUUUUACAAUGUAUCUUUUUAAUCCUUCUCUAUGUAACCUGCAAGGAUAAAUGAGAAUCCUGGUAAAGCUACAGUACCAUUAGAACAGACAGCAGGAACAGCAGUAACAACUGUUGCAGCAGCAUCAGUGGUACCUGAUUUACCUCAUAGUGAUAAAAGUAGCUUCAGUCAGCAGUCUGCCGGUACCAGCUUGUCAACUGGGGUAAGUUGAUUAAAGAUCAUCCUUUUAGUAUACAUGUAAUAAACUGUUUUUUGGCCUUUAGCAAAAAAGCAAGGCUGACUGUAUACAGGUAGCUUUAAGGUUACAAUAUCAUCCGAUAUUUUGUCAGGUAUGGCCUUUUGUCUUCAAACAAUGACUAACUAAAGAGAAAAGUGGUUAAAAUUUAGAAAGUCAAGAUACAAAAGGGGAUCUUCUUCUUUCUUCUUUUACACUAAAGAUCUCUCAAGAUCCGAAGAUGCACUCUGAUGCUCUUCUCAGUCUCUCUUCUCAGCAAGCCUGAUAGCCUGCGAUGGUGUACUACAUGUCCAUUCACAAAUAAAAAAACGCGAUAGUCUCAAAAUUGAAAAGGGUGUACAACUUAAAGCCACAUUUUAGGAUCGCAAUAAUUGUGGAAACAGUAGUCAACUAGCCUGAAUUUCAAGUUGCGUAGAGGAGUAUGCAACUCGAAGGGAUUUCUGAAAUUCAGGCUAUAGCCAAAUACAUAAGGUUUACAUUAUUAUUCUUCACGUCUAUUGAUCAGUACCCUCUUCAUUUUUGGCCUUUGUUUUGUUUUUGCCUUAUUCCCAGAAAAGGCGCCCACGAUUGCAUCCGUCCCGUCACACUUUUCACCCGAGGAGAGGGUUCGAGAGAGGGUACUAGGGAAAAGCCAAGUUUAGAGUGGAUAUUCAUAUCGAGUGACUGCAGUGUUAUGGUGCUUUAUGUCUACAAGCUCGGUUGCGGUUCAUUGUGCGAUCACUUAGCAUCGUACAGCGUCACUUCUAAUUUCCACCCCAAACUAGAAACUGUAAUGUGUUAGAAGUGUGAAAGUACUAACUUUUUUGCGUUGUACAUAUAGGCCUGCUGCCCCGCCUCAUACAAUUCAACAAUGCUUUGUUUUCACUGUCGGCUGAUGUAAACUCACUAAUAUCGCACAUCAAGAAAAAGGACAUAUCUGCCAAACUUGUAGCAUCGUAAACGUUUUCGAAUUAUAGAAAGGCUUUCUAUAAUGAUGGAUCAACUCAUAUAUCAUACAUUAUAAGCUCCUAAAAAUCCUCUUCAACUUGCAAAUCCCCAACAUUCUGUUUAUUCUUCACAGCCUGCUGUGGUAUCUCGAUUCCAAAAGACAAUUGAUGAGAGACAUAAGUUUCAAGAGAGACUCAGACUUGAAGCAAUUGAAGAGGCAAAGUAUGAAUUUUUUUACUGUCGGUAAAUACGUGUACAUUGUAAGAGCCAUGAUAAUGUUUUAGCGUGGUAUGGAGCUUGGGUCUUCGAUGCAGUUGUGGGCAUUAUUAAAACAGUGUCUGUUUUUGCAGGCUGGAAAAACAAAGAAAAAAACUUCAGAAAGAGUAUUUACUCAAAGAUUUGAGAGAUGAGAAGGAUGAAAGAUUAGAAAAGGUACAUGAAUAAAUGAAAGUCAUAAUGAGCCAUUCUGCAAUAACCCGCCAUGAUAAUCAACAGCAUAGAACUUUUGGUACUAAGUGACUGUCUCGUUGUAAUAAGAAAGUAUUGCUUGCGCACGCAUUUUUUCAGUCCUCACUGUUAUUAUAUCGGCCCUUAUCACGUAAAUAUCAUUUCGCAUAAAGUUCAAACAUUUUUCACGUCAAGCUUUACAGUAAAAAUGUGAUAACAACUUUAAGAGGUGUAAAAAUUACCUUGAAAUCAACAUGGCCAAAGCUUGAAAUGGGUCUGUCUCGAGUUUUUCAAACUACAGUGUUAGGUUUUCCAAUACUAUGGAAGGAUUUUAGACUCCCUUUAGCGCCUCAUCUACUUAAGUCGCUAGAAACAUGUACAACUUACACACUUUCAAGUGAAGGUCUGAUUUGUGAAGAUGAUUUAUACAAAAGUGUUUAAGAUGCAAAAUAACUUUUACACGAAGCAGCCAUGAGUGAUAAUUGAGGACUUCUCCAACCAUUAAAUAGUAUUACCGCCAUACUUAUGUGGCGUCAUUUUGUUUUAAGGCAAAGCUUGCUAAACUUGCAGCAGACACUCCUGAGCCUUCAAGCACAGCCUCUACUGAUCAGCAGUGUGAUGAAGGAAAAUCAUCAAUGGUGGAAUUGAGAAUAAGGUUACCGGAUGGACAGGUAAAACGAGCGACUUCAGUUGAAUUUUUAUUCUUGAUUGUAUUAAAUUUACAAAUUGUCUCAAAUUGGCUUGAGGUACUGACGUCGUUGUGUUCCGUCAUGAACUUCAGACGUUUUCGCUAGAUGCGCGGAAGUCUAGUUACUUCAAAAUUUCAAAUACUGAGCUCCUUUGCACUUGGACAGAUGUACGUUCCUCGUUGCUUAUUGCAAAAACACGUUAGCCAUUAGUCAAGCGUAGAUAACUCAAGACAGCGCUAUGUUUCAGAAAAACUCAGCAAAGAUUUUUCAGAAAUUGGUGGCUCCAGUUUACACUUACUCUAUGGAAACUGAAUCUCCAUACUGGUCGUUAGGCUCGAUUACCAGCCGCUGUUCUCGGGGACUGGACAGAGAAAGCGGCGGAAAUCGAGCCUAGUCGGCUGGCCGUAUGAGAAAACCUAUUACGAAAAGUUGCAUGGACAACUCAUCGCUAUUUUAUAUUUCGCAGAUCCUGUCUUUUGGCCUUCCAAGUGAUUCAACGGUGAGGGCCUUAUAUCGGUAAGUAACUAUGUCAGUCCGAAAAUGUGACUGAAAAUUUGUCGUCUUCAACUCACCUCAACUUUUCUUAACGGGAGAAUUUUUCAAUGUAUCUGCCCUCCUGGGCUCAAAAGACCUUUCGAAGUGGCAAAUCGACUUCGCUGAAGGAACUAACUCCACGUUAAAACAAGUUUUAUUGUUUAAAUAGGCCUCAGGGUUAGAUUGUUUUUUCUGGAAACAGUGGUAUACUCCGGAAGACGCAAGUGACGCGGCCAAUGUAGUCAUUAAUUCUCAAAAAGUUUUCAUCUAUAUAUUCAUUCAUUCAUUUCUUUAUUAUUCAUUUAGUGAAAUCAACAGACUAUGGCAUGACAACCAGAAUGUAGACGAUUUUCUGCUCCUGACAUCGUUUCCCCAGAGGCGAAUCUCUGAAAUGGAAAGUACCCUUGAGGCAGAAGGUAACUGGAAUCAGUUGCCCAAAUCCUCUCUCGGAAUAGAAAGUGUCCGCAUAAUUCUUUCACAUGUUAUACUAAGUAAUAUGUCAAUAUUUAGAGCGUACUGACUUGUAUGCCGUACGGUGGAGACUCUACAAGAGGGGACAAAAGCCCAUCUAAAUUCUCAGAGUAUCAGUAGCUUCAUAUGAAUGUUUCACAGCUUACUUGCUUAAUCGGACAAUUACUUGGCAUUGUACAAUAGGCGAUUCCCGAGUGGCCUAGCCUCUGUUACAAAUGCGAAGCCAUUGAUAUGAAAAUGCAUGAGAAUAAAAAAGUUUUUUUAUUCUCAUGCAAGUAAAACUUAUGUUCAGUGCAACAAAGGUUUUGCACUUAAUCUUGUUUUUAAUGUGAGAGUUUUUAGAACUCGGAAAUGGCCUAUUUUAUAGUAACCUGAGAUCAGGCCCAAUUUUAGCGGUUCUCAUACAUUUCGUUUCGCCUUGCCCGCCGGAAUGUUAUUACAAAGCGAAACGAAAAUUGAGCCUGAUCUUAGCUUAAUUUUAUAGUUGUUCUGUGAAACUGUGUUGUUUUCUUAUCACCUAACAUUGUAGGCUUGUCGCCGCGUGCAGCACUUGUUGUACAGAAAAAAGAUCAACAAGGAGUGGUUACCCAGGGACAAGGUCCAGGUAGGUUUUUUCGGCAGGGGAGGGGAGGGAAGGCAGGGGAAUGUUAAUCAUUUAAAUGUCUCAUAUUUUAAUUUGUUUUUCCUGCUGCAAGACUACAAACAAUGAGUUAGAUCUUGGUGAGAUAUGUCUACAGGCUUUUCACCGUUGCAGGCAUUGCGCGUAGCUAGCACAAUAACGAUAUGGCCUUUUUUAUUUUAGUAUUGAACGUGAAGAACAUCACGAAAUUAGACGAAUGGCAAGAAGUUUUAAAUGAACAAGACAAGCUUGUGGUUGUACAAUUUUACGCCGAUUGGUAAGUGGCUUAGAAAGUAAGCUUAUCAGUUGGUACAUACUUAUAUUUUAUUUAACCUCAUUUGCCGGGUCAGUACAGGAAGUCAAGCACCGAGUUUCUUUUCUCUUGGUUUUAAAAACCCACAUGUGAACUGCUGGCAAGUAAUGUACAGUCCCUCCUCAAAACAGACAACAGUGUUGUUUGCUAGUGUUGUGUCAAGGCAGUUCUUCAAUUGCUGUUUUGUUCUUAUUUGUGUUUUUGCAGGUGUGCCUUGUGCAGGUCUGUCGCAGACUCGUAUGAUUCACUGAAUGUCAAGUAUGGACUGAAUGGACAAGUAGUGUUUGCACGUGUUAACGUCGACAAAUUGAAAGUUAGUGACAUUAAACUUUCUUAAAUUUAUUUCUUAUUGUUAGCACGCUAAUAUGUUGUAAGUUCCUCUUACUGCCACUUCCUACCGCAUGUUGUUGUUCUUGUCAACUUAUUUCAUCUUAAGCAUUCAAGGAGAACAGAUAGCCUGCGUGGCAGGGGCAAGAAAAUGAAGGGGAGGGAGGGGAGGAGAGGUGGAAAAAAGUGAGAAAGGGAAAAGGGAGAGAAGAGGGACUUUCCUUCUCUCCCCAAUCCCCUUUCCCUUUUCCGACCUUUUCACCUUUCCACAACGGCCACCUCUCUACAACGGCCAUUUUUUUUGGCGGACAGUCCAUAGAUUCACUCUUGUUUCAACCUCUCUACAAAGGCCCCCUUUCUAUAAUGGCCACUUUCCUCUGUCUCGAAGGUGGCCAAUGUAGAGAGGUUCAACUGUAUUUUUCAGCAUAUCCUAUCAACUUUUCCUUCUGCAAGGUGUUGAAGUAUCAACAAGCGAUCGCUUCACUACCAACGUUUAAACUGUUUUGGAAUGGCCAGGUACCGUAUUACUUAGUUUUGAAUUUGUCAAGUCAAUUAUAUGCUGUGUGCUGUGUAUACAAGUCAUAGCAUUUCAUUUAGUUAUACGAUUCUCAUUGAAGCUUUGUUGUGAUUCUUUAAUAAAAAAUGCAGCUUGCAAGAGAUAAAUAAGUUCUUUGCUUCUCAUAUUUUUCUCUUGGUGUUGUUCUUUAGUCGGUAGCUCAAGUUGACGGAACUGACAUAUUAGAACUCGAGCAUCAAAUCAAAGAGAACUUAAAUGGUCCCGUGGAUGAUUCGGGAGAGGAGUCCACCUCGAAUGAGAUGUAUUUUGACCCAAGAUAA